GCUAUACACACUAUUUUUUUUGCCGAGAACGUACCAUCUGUAUUAGCGGUGUGGAUGACAGCUGCUGAAUACUGGCUGGGCAGUUUCUUGGAGCUAUCCAAGAAAACAACAAUCCAUUUCUCUUCAGUAUGCAAUUGUUUUUGUGACUCUCACAAAUCAGGACCAAUUUAAGAAGCAAGCCACAAUGCAGCGGCGCACCCAUUCCCAGCACUUUUGGCACUGAGAGCAAUUUGAGGGUAUCUCACCAGAAGGUCAACGUGAUGACGGUCUGGUCUAUGGUGGAAAGGCUGAAAAUGGAGAAGAGGCACGCCCAAGACAAGAGGAUUGUUGAGCAAGACAGCAGGGAUUGCAGCACCGAAUCUGAAGAAUGGACAAGCUCUGAGAGUGACAACGAGCAGCCUUGCAUCAGGACCAGCUCCGGCAACACCCUGCCUAGGGCGAAGGAUGUUCCCCCUCACAAGCCUCACCGACAGCUUUGCCGCUCUCCUUGCUUGGAUCAACCCAGCUUCUCCCAGAGCAGCCUUCUUCAGGAUUUAAAACUGGAAGAUGGUAAAGCGAACUCGGACAAAGAAUAUCAAGCAAAAAUUGAUUUCGCUUUAAAACUGGGCUACGCAGGGGAUCAGAUUCAAGCCGUGUUGAACAAGUUGGGGGCGGACGCUCUCAUCAAUGAUAUUUUGGCUGAACUUGUGAGACUUGGCAACAAGGCUGAGAACGAAGGGCCAGCUAGCCUUGGAAGUAGUACUGCUCCCACGAGUGGAACGGCUGCCAAGGAGGUGACCAGCCCCGAGUUGUCCCUGGAGGAGGAUGUUGUGGACAGCUCUGACAACUUGAGGCCGAUUGUAAUUGAUGGAAGUAAUGUGGCAAUGAGUCAUGGAAAUAAAGAAGGAUUUUCCUGUCGAGGGAUUCAGCUAGCUGUUGAUUGGUUUCUGGAAAAAGGUCACAGAGAUAUAACAGUAUUUGUGCCAACCUGGAGAAAAGAACAGAGUCGACCAGACGCGCCAAUUACAGACCAAGAAAUCUUGCACAGAUUGGAGAAGGAAAAAAUUCUUGUUUUCACCCCGUCACGGAGAGUGCAAGGGAGACGAGUCGUCUGCUAUGAUGACCGCUUUAUAUUGAAGUUGGCCUAUGAGUCUGAUGGCAUUAUUGUGUCCAAUGACAAUUACCGGGACCUUCAGAAUGAGAAACCAGAGUGGAAGAAAUUCAUAGAGGAACGGCUGCUUAUGUAUUCCUUUGUAAAUGACAAGUUCAUGCCACCUGAUGAUCCAUUGGGACGCCAUGGCCCUAGUCUUGAAAACUUCUUAAGGAAAAAGCCAGUUAUUCCAGAACACAAAAAGCAACCGUGCCCUUAUGGGAAAAAAUGCACAUAUGGGCACAAAUGUAAAUAUUACCACCCUGAACGGACAAACCAGCCCUUGAGAUCUGUCGCAGAUGAGCUUCGCAUCAGUGCAAAAUUAUCUGCGGUGAAAACCAUGAGUGAAGGUGCCUUGGCCAAAUGUGGUUCAGGGCCAGCCUUUUGCAAAGGGGGUGAGAACAUUUCAGAAGUGAAGCGCAAUCCUCCGAAGCGCCAGUCUGAUCCAAGCAUCCGGUCUGUAGCGGUGGAACCGGAGAACCGGCUGUCGAUGAUGCGGAAGCCUGAGGCCAGCUCUGUCCCAUCUCUUGUUACGGCAUUAAGUGUCCCAACGCUCCCACCUCCUAAAAGCCAUGCAGUUGGGGCCUUAAAUGCUCGGUCAGCGAGUAGCCCCGUGCCUGGGUCAUCUUCUCAGUUCAUCCAUCAGAAAUCCUCCCUAGAACACAUGACCAGCAUGCACUACCCUCCAAUCCUGGUCACCAACAGCCAUGGGGCUUCGAUCAACUACGCGGACCCAUACCCCAAAUACGAAUCUUUGGGAGACCACGGCUAUUAUUCUAUGCUCAACGACUUUUCCAGUUUGAACAUUAGCAACACAGAUUAUUAUGGAGUUGAUCUAGACCAAGAUGUCUACUCAAGAAAUUCAAGUCCGUGUCCUGACAGUUGCUUAAGCCAUGCAAGUAAUGACUCUUACUCUUCGUAUACCGACCUGUACCUGGGUGUAGGAGAUGUGGGUUCAGAGGAUCACGCUAAAGUUCCUCGAAUUCCACCGCAAAACCGACUUCAGCCUUUUUCUCAUGGCUAUCACGAGAGUUUAACUAGAGUUCAGAGCUACGGCACUGAAAGGUCCAAACAUACUCCACACAAGCAUUCAGCUUCUCAUUUAGCACUACAUGUCCAACACCCUCUUGUUGGGGCACGAUCCAGUUGCCCAGGAGACUACCCAGGGCCUCCAAAUGUUCACCCAUCAUCAGCCACGGCCCAACCGAGCCGUGCACUAGUUAUGACAAGGAUGGAUAGUGUUUCUGAUUCAAGACUUUACGAAAGCAACCCUACUCGGCAGAGGAGGCCCCCACUCUGUCGAGAGCAACACGCCAGCUGGGAUCCGUUACCAUGUGCAACUGAUGCCUACUCUUACCAUUCCUAUCCCUUGAGCAACAACCUCAUGCAGCCGUGUUAUGAGCCCGUCAUGGUGAGGAGCAUGCCUGAGAAGAUGGAACAACUCUGGCGUAACCCUUGGAUUGGGGUUUGUGGGGAGCCCCAAGAACCAUGUGUUAUCCCAGAGCAUCAGUACCAGACCUAUAAGAACCUCUGUAAUAUUUUUCCUGCUGGCGUCGUCUUGUCUGUGAUGGAGAAGAAUCCACACAUGACUGAUGCACAACAGUUGGCAGCUAUGAUUGUUGCCAAAUUGAGAACAGGACGUUAGCAUGGUAUCCCUUUGGAUUCUUGGAGAGAAAUACUGACUACACCAGACCAGCAUCCUGCAGGAGGUACCCGUGAUCCUAUAGAGAUAUUCUCUGUUUUGGGAAUAGUUUCACGCUGUGGUAUACCAUUCUGUACAUUGUUUUGGCAUUUGCACUGAAUAUGUGGUUGAAGAAUUCUGUAAAAAGCAGAUUGUAUUAUAAGUAAGUAUUAAAUAAUUUUUUAAAGCUGGGAUUUUUUUAAAAAAAGGUGUAUUUUACAGGAAGUGCAUACUUUUUGCAUGGAUAUAUAUUGUUUCUUGAAUCCAAAAGGUCCUAUGUUUGAAGUGAGUCCCUCAAACUUAUUAGCAAUUAUAUUGCAUGAGUGAAUUUUGUAGUUUCCAGUGUUAACUGACAAGGUGCUCCAAGGAAAAUGUGCUGUGUACAUUUGAACAUCCUCACACACUGAAGGUUGGCCUGUUCUGGUCCAUCUCUUUCCAAGAGCUUCUCCGAGGCCCCAUCAGUUGCUGUGUCUUAGUGGUUCAUGGUGAGCAUUUCUGAUCUGAACAACUCCCAGUGCUCUAGCAACUUAGGUUUGUCCUCACUGGAGAAAUCUUUACUCUCCAAGUGAGGAGAAUAGAAACACAGAUGGGGGGGGGGCUCAUUGCAUGGAUGCACAACUAAUGGGGUGCUUUGGAUUUGGGGGGAGGUCUUUUAGAUCAUGCCCUUUGGGACAAGGCCA